CAUCGUCGUCGUCAUCAUCUCUCCCCCGUCCGUCUCUCUCUCUCUCUCUUCUCAAGUGGAGUGGAGUGGAGUGUGAGUGGAGAGAAGAAAGAAAUGGCUUCGUCUCCUCCUUUCCUCCACCCACAUUCUCCUAUUCCCCAUUCUGCCCCUCUCCUUCUCUUUCUUUUAGUUCUUCUUCCCUCUGUGUCCCUGGCGGUUAACGUCACCGCUCUCCUAGCAGCCUACCCGGACCUCUCCGACUUCAACCGGCUACUGGGCUCGACCCCUGUAGCCGGUGACCUCACCCGGCGAUCAUCCCUCACUCUCCUAGCUGUCCCCAACUCCCAUCUCCUCCGCCUCGGCGACCUCGGCCGCUCCGCCGCCGACAUCGCGGACGUCCUCCGCUACCACGUCCUCCUCGAGUACCUCUCCUGGCCGGACCUCCGCCGCAUCCCCGCCGCCGGCAGGCUCAUCGCCACCCUCUACCAGACAACCGGCCGCGCCUUCAACAACCUCGGCGCUGUCAACCUUACCCGCGACCCCCGCGGCGGGGCCGUCACCGCUCGCUCCCCCGUCCCCUACUCCCCCUCCAACGCCACCAUCCUUUCCCUCGUGGAGUCGCUGCCCUACAACGUCAGCAUAUUCGCGGUGGAUGCGCUGCUGGUGCCGUAUGGGUUCGAUUUGGCGGUGUCGGAGAGCCAGCCGCCGGCUGCGCCGCGGAACAUCACGCAGGUGCUCGUCGACGGGCGGGAUUUCAACGUGGCGGCGUCGAUGCUGGAGGCGUCCGGGGUGGCGGCGGAGUUUGAGGAGGACGAGCGCGGGGCAGGGAUUACGGUGUUCGUCCCCACUGAUGAGGCCUUCGCCGAGCUGCCGGCGACGGAGCGGUUCCAGUCGCUGCCGGCGGACCGGAAGGCAGUGGUGCUCCGGUUCCACGUGCUCCACUCCUACUACCCGCUGGGUUCGCUGGAGUCCAUCGUGAACCCGGUCCAGCCGACGCUCGCGACGGAGGCGACGCAGGCCGGCUGGUAUACCCUCAACAUCACCCGGGUCAACGGCUCCGUGGCGAUCGACACCGGAGUGGUCCAGGCCUCCAUUACCCGGACCGUCUUCGACCAGAACCCCGUCGCCGUCUUUGCCGUCUCGAGGGUCUUGCUUCCAAAAGAGAUCUUCGGUAACGAUUCGUCAGCCGCCGCCGGCGGCGGCGGUGGCGGUGGAGGUGGGGCUAAGCUAAGGCCGGGAAAUGGAGGGGAGGUGGCUCCACCACCGGCACAGGCAGGGGCGUCCGCGCCGAAGGGGGCGGACGGGGUGGAAACGCCACCGACGAGGCCGUCAUCGCCGCCGGGGUUCAGUGAAGACAUAAUAUCGGCCGCUGCGGCGAGGAGUCGGGGUUUUAUCGUCGUCAGCAAUGGAGUUGCUCUGUUGUGUAUAGGCUACCUGUAUCUACUAUGGUAGGAGAUCUGGGAUUCUUCUUCUCUUUUCUUUUAAAUUUUGCAUUUUUUUUCUUUUUUUAGAAUUUUGUAUACGAGAUUCCAAUUCUGGCUGCAAAGCAGCGAUUUUUUUAGAUAUUUCGGGGUGCUUAUUGAUGGGGGAAGAAGUUUACAUUUAAAUUUGAAUUAAAUUGGGUUCUUGUUGGAAUUGGAAUAAUUUGGGAGAAUUCUUCAGA